AAGGAGAGAAAGAGAGCGAGAGAGAGAUAUCAGAGGAAGAGGGAAACCCCAUCUCCAUUUUCGGCGUCGCGAGAAGCUUCGAGUGGAAGAGCUGCGCUCUAAUGGGGGAGGAGGAGAAGAAGGUGGAGGAGGCGAAGAAGGGGGAGGAGAAGGCGAAGGCGAAGGGGGAGGAGAAAGCGAAGGAGGAGAAGGCCGAGAACAAGGACGAGAAGAAGAAGGACGGCGGCGGCGGCGGCGGCGGCGGAGAGGGGAAGGGGGAGGCGGCGGCGGAUGCUCCCGUGGCGGCGCCGCCCCCUCCGCCGCCGCCGCCGGAGGAGGUGGUGAUGAGGGUGUACAUGCAUUGCGAGGGGUGCGCCAAAAAGGUGAAGCGUAGCUUGAAGGGGUUUGAUGGUGUGGAGGAGGUGAAAACGGAUUGCAGGAGCCAAAAGGUGGUGGUGAAGGGGAAAAAAGCUGCGGAGGAUCCACUGAAGGUGGUGGAGCGGGUGCAGAAGAAGACCGGCAGAAAAGUCGAGCUUCUCUCGCCGCCGCCGCCGCCGCCGCCGGAGAAGAAGAAGGAAGAGGACGCGGCCAAGAAGAAAGAAGAUGGAGAAGAGAAACCCAAAGCAGAGGACAAAAAUGAAGAGCCCGUAGUGAUCUCGGUGGUGCUCAAAGUUCACAUGCAUUGCGAGGCGUGUGCGCAGGAGAUUAAGAAGAGGAUACUCAAGAUGAAAGGCGUGCACGCGGCGGAGCCGGAUCUGAAAGCGUCGCAGGUGACGGUGAAGGGCAUGUUCGACCCGCCGAAGCUGGUGCAGUACGUGUACAAGCACACGGGCAAGCACGCCGCCGUCGUCAAGCAGGACCCGCCGCCGCCGCCUCCCCCCGAAAAACCCCCCGCCGACGCGGCCACCGACAAGCCCAAGGACGACAAAAAGGCCGUGGCGACCGCAUCCGCAUCGGAGGGUGGCGGCGGCGAGAAAUCUGAUGCUGUCAAUGCCGAGGGGGGCGGCGGCAGCGGCGGUGGCGGGAAGGAGAAUAAGGAGAACGCUGCGGAGGAUGGCGGCGGCGGCGGGGCCGUGACUGCGGCUGCGGCGGGGAAGGUGUUGGAGAUAGUGAAGAACGAGAUCUACUACUACUAUCCGAACUAUCCGAGAUACGGAGUCGGGUACGCGUACCCGCCCCAAAUCUUCAGCGACGAGAAUCCGAAUGCGUGCGCGGUUAUGUAAAAAAGGUUCUACUUCUAAAACAAAAAAUUAUAUGAGGAGAAUGGUGAGUGCGAGAAUUAAGGACAAUAAUGUUUUAUUAUGAUGCUGAUGAUGAUGGUAAUGUUGAUGAUGGUGAUAGUGAUAAUAAUAAUAUAUUUAUAUUUUGUGA